AUGGGCGGCAAGAAGUACGACAGCAGCCCCAACCUCAAGGAGAUGGAGAACGGCCCCCCGAAGCUGUCGGUGAACCGGCUGAAGAAGUUGGAGAAGAAGCGACCGGUCAGCCCACUCGUCUCCCAACAACACCCACCAAAUAUCAUCAACAACAGCAAUGGGACUGCGGCUUCAUCAUCUACAGCUGCUGCAGCCGCUGCCCUGGCCGCCCUCAUCCCGAAUGCGAGCAAUCUGCUGAAGGAGAUCCAUCAAAUGCCCGCCCUUCUGCCCGAGGAGAUCGUCCCGCAGUUGCUGAACACGUAUUUCCCGGAUCGGAACGCGCCGACGCCGCCGUAUCGCUACGAGGAGCCAUGUGACGAGCCCCCGCCGGUCCUCCCCGUCUCUCAGCCAAAGCCCAAAAAGGAGAAGAAGGACAAGACGAAAAAGGACAAAAGUUGGACACACCACCAGCGGCCGGGCAGCAGCUCCUCGACAAAUCGUGAGAUACGCGAAGAACCGCCGAAACUCGAGCCGGCGACUACGAUUCGGCUGGGAUGCAGCCCGUCCACGUCGUUUCCGGUGGCCGAAUCGGCAGCCCGUGCCACUCCACCCCGGCCAGCCGAUCUUCCUCCAUUGAAAAAAGAGGAGUACGACUCGGACGCGACGAUCCCGAUGCUCACCGACGGCGGCGAUCUACCCAUUGGCGAUAUGCCGACGACGUUCCCGCUGAACAUCUCGAUGAAAGACUCCCCUGCUCGACCUCCCGACAGCACUGCAGUGAAAGAGUCGAAGAAGGAGCGCCGAGACAAGGAGAACGGCCACGUGAAGAGCAUCGACAAGCUGCCCCCGAUAAAGAUCAAGCUCCUCAGCCCCUCAACGUCGUCGGAUCCGUCAACGACACCGGCAAGGGGUGCUGGAACGCCCGGCCAGGAGCCGCUGAAGAUCCGCAUCAAGCCCAUCGCCCAGGAGAGUCCUGUCCCCUCCACAUCUACCGUAUCCACAACAGCUGCUGCCGAGUCGUCCUCCACUUCGAGGCCCUCUUCCGGAAUGGGCGUCGUCCAGCCCAAGCAUAUUGAUCGGAGCGUCGACCGUCCCCGGGUGAAGACAAAAGGCGAGUUGAAAGCCCUUCCAGCCCUUCCACCACUAUUCACCGUUGAUACGCGAAUCGUCAGGCCGACCACGCCGAAUAAUCCACGAAGCAGCACAUCUACGCCUGUACCCCCGGUUGCGGCGAGGAAUAGCCCAGUGCCCCCGAUCGUGUUGAAGUCGCGGGAAAAGGAGAAGAUCAACACCGCCACCACGUCCACACCCGCAAAAGCUUCUACUGCUUCAGUCAAGAAGGAAACCCCGCCAAAACCCUCGCCCUCUACAGCACAACCACACGUUGAGGCCAAAAAGAAGGCCGAGCCGACGAAGAAGCAGCCCGCCAAGAAGAAGGAGGUAAAAUCCCGGGCGAGCGUCGACCUCACUGAAGAUGAGGAUGAGGCGCCGGUGAAGGGAAAGGCCAAUGGCGACGAUCCGCAAGUUUGGAUCUGCCCGGUGUGUUCUGUGGCGUAUGCAGAUGGUGCAAAUAUGGUUGGCUGUGAUACGUGUGAUGAUUGGUAUCAUUGGGCAUGUGUCGGCAUUACCGUCGAACCCCCGGCCGAACAACAGUGGUUCUGUGAUAAGUGCACGAAAAAGCGCUCGGAGAGCAAGGUGGAGAAGCGGAAGGGCUCUUCGAUUGGCGCUGCCGCGGCGGCGAAGAAGCGGAAA